AUGAAAUUCCUCAUCUGUUUGGCUCUGUGCAUUGUCAGCGCUCAGGCUGGCUUAUUGACUGCACCCGUGACCAGGUAUGCGGCAGUGGCUCCCAUAGCCACAUACUCGGCUGUGGCCCCCAUUACCACCUACUCGGCUGUGGCUCCCGUUCGAUACUCCAGCUAUGCUGCCGCUGCUGUUGUUCCUGUCUACAGAACACCUGUGACCACUUAUGCCGCAGCACCUGCCGCAGUCUAUGCCAGUCCUCUCUGGAAAAAGUAG